UGGUUUUGUCGACUCCAUUCUAGCAGUGCUGUAGUGGCCCCUAACCCAAUAACCAUUAAACCAGCAGCAACGCCGAGUGAAAUUUCGCUGCGGUUGCCACAUCUGACUUAUUCAUAUAACUCAAACCACCUGGAUAAUAGUACGUUGAAAAUGUAUUCCUUGCUACAAAGAACAGUAAUGAUCAGCUGGCACCAUCAACACAACAUCCAGCCCUCGCCGCCAAGCACCAUGUCUAACUAAAACACGUCUAUUUUCGUCCUUAAUUUUGAAUCGGCUGGCAACAACAACAACAUUAAAACAGUGACAAAUCACAAUGUUUGAGGUUAUACGUGUACCAACUUUACCACUUGUGUAGUCAGCGGAAGGAUAAAACCUUCACUAACACUGCACGUUCCAUAAAGGAAGGAGAAAGGUUGAACAGUAAAGGCUUGUAACUGUUAAACCUUCAGAUCCUAACAAGCGAACAGGUGUAUCACCACACCUAACACAGGAAGAGGUAAGCAAGCUUUUGACUCAUGAACAAGUGUAGGAUUGCCACACGUCCAUGUUUUCCAGGACAUGUCCUGGAUUCAGGUGUCAAAAUUUGUGUCCAAAAAGAAUUGUAAACAUUCUCCAAAAAUCCGGAAUUUCAGCAUCGUCACAAAGCUCAAAGCGCCACAAAGCGGCACUUGCGCGCCACUCCAAGCAACAGCCUGGUGGGCCAAAUUCUCACAAGUCAAGCCUGGCCUCGGGCCGGGCUUGGGGAGUAGAAAUACUCCCAGAACCCCAUCAAGCAGGUAUCAAGAAAUGUCUAUUACAGGCUUGGUGUUGGCAAGAGGUGGCAGCAAGAGUAUUAAAAGGAAAAACUUGGUCCUGCUGAACAACCAGCCGCUGUUGCUGAGAUGUCUGGAAGUUGUACGAGAGGCAGGAUGUUUUAAUAGCAUAUGGGUCAGCACAGAUGAUGAGAAAAUUGCAGAAUGUGCAGUGAAAGGUGGUGCUAAGGUCCAUCACAGAGCAGAGUACACAGCAGCUGAUGAAGCCUCAUCAUUAUGUGCUGUACAAGAAUUUCUUCAAUACCAUCCGGAAAUCAGCAUAAUGUGUAUCAUUCAGUGUACCUCACCAUUCAUACAAGCAAAAUAUCUUCGUAAGGGAAUGGAAAAAAUACAAAGUGGUUAUGACUCGGUGUUCUCAGUAACUCGCAGACAUUUAUUAAGAUGGUCUGAAGGAGAACAAAGUUAUCCUCUGAACUUUAAUCCAAAACAACGACCACGGCGACAGGAUUGGGCUGGUGAGAUGUAUGAAAAUGGCAUGUUUUACUUCUGUAGAACAAAUUUGAUUCGUGAAGGUCGUCUACAAGGAGGAAGCAGGUGUGGGUACAUAGAAGUGCCUCUGUGUGACAGCUUGGAUAUUGACUCGCCUUUUGACAUCAUCGUUGCUCAGUCGUGGAUCAGCUAUUGUCAACGGGAAAACAAUAAACAAAAUCUUUAACUGUUAUGUUCUUAGGAGUUGUUGAAUGUUAUAGUGUUAUACAAAUUAAGAAAAUAAUUGUAAUAUCUACUAGACUUGCGGUCUACAUUUAAAGUCUGCAGUCACCUACUCUGCAUUCAAUACAGAAACUGAUUCUGUCUUUGAAUAUACAGAAAUGCAUAAAUAAUAACAUAUCAGCACUAUCUACCACUAAAAUUGGUUUUGUUAAAUAAUAAAUAUUCAUGAGGCCAAUGGAAACAGUGAAUCCCAAUUUAGCAUGAAUCAAAUUUAGAAAAAAACAAAUUUGCUCUAAUUCAUCUUUAAAUUUGGUAACUUUCCUGUUUGCAGUUUUUUUUUGUUAUUUUGAAUUCUUUCAAGUAUAAUUUUCCAUAAAUGUUUUCUAGAGCAAAUUUUUCCCAGUGAUCAUGUUGGCUGGCAAGAUGACAUCUCUCAGUUGUGUAUCUACAAUUACAUACUACAGCACAUUAAACAUUUGAGACUUGGCACAAAUAUAUCAGCCUGGUCUCAGGAUUUAAUCAGCAUCAAAUUUGUAGUGGGUUUGUCUAACCAGAAAUGAAUGAACAUAGGCAUCCUACUUAACCUAUCAAUUCCUACUUAACCUAACCUAUGCUUAAUUCGGACAAUACAGUAGUAUGAGGAAAAGUCAAUAUUGCAGUGCUUUUGAAUUCAUUGAAGCUAUGAAAUUUUAAUGCUGUGGUUAGUAGCAUCAAAGUACAAUGUAUUAAGUGUAAUUUUCAUGAUAUUGGUCCAAAUCAGUUACAGUAUAGGAAUGUUGUGUAUGGUAGUCAUCCGGUGGAAAAACUUAAAUAAGGAUACGUGUACUAACAUUUUUCAUUUAGCUAAUCCAGUCUUCUUAGUGAAGAUUCAAAACACCACUGAUGUUUAUAAUUGUCAAUACAGCUGUGUAAGGAUUUCUACCAAUGUUUCAUAUAUAUUCUUUAUAAGUAUAUUGACAAAAGAAUUUUGAUCGAGCUUGAUUUUCUUCUCUUACACAUGGCCUCUUAAAAUAGGUAUGAACAUGUUUUGAUUAAGCCUGUGAGGAUAAUUUAUUUUGUUAUAUUUACUUAUUAUGUAGGAAUAUUUAGUAGAUUUAUUUCCCAGGCUGUUUUUAAAGUCCUGCAUCUUUAUUGGUUGUAAAUUAGAAGUAACAAGAGUCAGAAUGGCUAACUUCAUUGCUUAAUUGCAUUUGUGCUGUUUAAAUUACUACAGUGUGUCCUUACUUAAACAAACUACAGUGGGGCCUCGAUUUAUGAUGGUAAUCCGUUCCCAGAGACAUACGUAAGUCAAAAUAUCGACUAAGUCGAAGCGAUUUUUCCCAUAAGAAAUAAAGGGAAUUAGAUUAAUCUGUUCCACACCCCCGAAAAUAUUAACUUAAAAAUAUAUUUUAUACUGAAUACAAAUUUUUUCUCUAACUACAA